AUGGGAUCCUUCGAUUCCAAUGCGGCUGUGAAGAAGGAGAUUUCAACUCAAUCAGCUGCUGCCAACUGGAAUUCAAAGACCGAUGCUCCAUCUGACUCCACCGGUUCCCAGUUCGUUCGUGACCCGUUUCAUCCAGGCGCACCUGCUGGUGGGUAUCGAGAUCCGCUGGACAGUGGGAUCGAAUGCAACGAGGGUUUGGUCCGCGUGCGUAUCCGUCCGGACAGCCACGGGAGGUUCGGUUUUAACAUACGUGGGGGAACAGACGUGGGUACUCCCAUCAUCGUCAGUCGCGUUGGGCAAAACAUGCCAGCGGAUCUGUGCAUCCCUCGUCUGUCCGAAGGUGACCAGUUACUUUCUGUCAACGGCAGAACGGUGACUAGGUGCACUCACGCUGAGGUCAUUAACUUGAUUCGCGCCUCAAAAAGUGAUCCCGCUGGGCUGUUGGAAUUACUUGUGAAACAGAGUGAUUAUGUCACGGAUGAUUUGAACGGAGAAGCCCUUGGUCCGGAUUCCGGAGAUGCUCCUGCGAUACCACCGCGAACAGCGCAAAUUAAUAGUCGACAAAUUGGCUUAGGGCGUCUCUCCAAUCGUACUCAUCGACAUAGUCUCUCUGCUCAGCAUCUCAGCACCAUAGCCGGACGCUCUACUCAUGCGGAAACGAAAAACUCCCCACUUGUACAGUCAAUGAUGGAACUUGAAGUUGGUUUGAGCGAUGGCAGCCUGCUAGCCCAAUUUGAGCAACUCCCUCGCCGCAAAUCUGGAUUCACAACGAAUGCGGCACGGUUGACUGAAAACGAGUUUAAAAAUAGGUACCGCGACAUAUCACCCUACGAUCAGACACGUGUAAUCCUUCAACGAGGACCCGGUGAUUAUAUCAACGCAAGUUUCGUGAUCAUGGACUUCCCAAAAGCCGGAUUUGCCGUGAACUAUAUUGCUGCUCAAGGCCCGCUACUUAGCACAUACGGUGACUUCUGGCAAAUGUGUUGGGAACAGCAUGUCACGGUGAUUGUCAUGUUGACUGCCGUAAGCGAACGCGGAAGAGUGAAAUGCCAUCAGUAUUGGCCGGACUUAGGACAGUCAUUCAAAUUCACCACCACGGCACCAAUCGGCCCCGUCGGACAGCGCGAUCCACUGAAUCUCCAAGUGCAAACCAUGAAGGAGGAGGUUGCCGGGGAGUUCGCUUUUAGAGAGUUCACUUUAACGCAAACCGCCUCCAGUGAAGCACCUUUCUCUAACGAGUGUCGUCGCGUCGAACAGUUGCAACACACCAGUUGGCCGGAUCAUGGAACACCCAGCAACAUGGUCGAACUCAUCGAAUUUGUGCAGCGCAUUCGAGAGAAGCGGGGCAAAUCCACGGCGCCUAUCGUGGUGCACUGUUCGGCCGGUAUCGGUCGUACUGGUGUCCUCAUCGCUAUGGAGACCGCAAUGAACCUAAUGGAACGUGCGCAACCUGUUCGGCCCAUAGAAUUGGUUCAAUUAAUGCGGGCUCAACGUGCCUUGCUCAUUCAAACAGCGGUUAGUCCAUGUUUGGCAUUGAACAAAUGA